UUGUUAAAGUUAAAAUUAAAAUUACAGUAAUUCCAAUGAUUUUCUGCUACUGACAUAGAUUUGACGCAUUGAGCUUGAAAAAUGGCGGACAAAGAAACAAAUCAAACAACAGAACCAGAUAAAGAAGACGACUCCGAGACUGAGAAGGAGCAAGAGAACCCGAAGAUCAAGCCACGACCCAUCGUGCGUCUCGGCAUCUUUCUGAUCUCUCACAGCAUCUUCUUCAGUGUAAUUUGUUGUACAGCUGGGGUUUUAGCGCUCCUUUUACUUCCAGUUCUCGCUAAGAACACUUACAUUUCCGAAAAUGCCCUCAUGCCUGGCUCCGCGAGUUCUAUGCUUUCCAAUCAUCACAUUUUGGAGGCUAAUAGAUUGGUUCAGGAUUUAAGUAGCGUAGAUGUCGGGCCUGACGAGGAUUCAGGCAUGUAUGUAUGCUUCAAUUGUGUACAUUUUUUACUUUUUGUCGUGUGUAUUUUUUAUUCUAAUAGAUUGGUUCAGGAUUUAAGUAGCGUAGAUGUCGGGCCUGACGAGGAUUCAGGCAUGGAAAGACGAAGGAUACUGGCGAGAUAUUUGUCAAACAUGGGUGCUGAAGUUAGUUACCACAAAUUCCAUUCAGAGAUGAAUCAGUUUCAUCCACUGCAUUUCUUCUCCAGCCCCGACUCCGGAAUAAUGAGACAGAACUUGAGCUGUUCACUUUAUGGUAUUAACACUGUUGGGAUUAUAAGAGCACCUCAUGGUGAUGGAAAGGAAUCUAUUGUGUUGGUGACUCCUUACAAUUUUGGGAAGAGUGAUUCCAGUGAAGCGUUAUCUUUGAGUAUUGCAUACUCUGUGUUUUCCUUGCUCACUCAAGUUACAUGGCUAGCCAAGGAUGUCAUUUGGCUUGUUGCUGACUCACAGUAUGGUGAAUAUGCCCCUGUUGCUGCAUGGUUGAGAGAUUAUCACACACCAGUAUUUACUGGGUUGGCUUCAGUGAGUACUGAUGCAUGUGUCAAAGAUAGCAGUCUCUAUGUAUUGGAAGAGAAUUCUGCUGCUCAAAGAAAAAUACAUGACGGUUUUAGACGUGCUGGAACCAUGGCUGCUGCCCUGGUUGUAAAGGUUACAGAUGGAAAUGAAAUGUGGGAUGACACUCUUACUAUCUAUGCUGAGGCAUCCAAUGGGCAAAUGCCAAACCUAGAUCUCAUCAAUAUUGUGAAUUAUUUAGCUGUUCAUAGGCAAGGUUUGCAUGUAAAGGUUCAGAAACUGUGGUCUCUACUUAAUCUAAAAUGGCUCGAGAUUUUGGGUAAGGCAUUUGAAUAUCUAGGGAAAGAGGCCAAAAAGUUGAAUCCCAAUUGGAAAUUUGGUAUUCCAGCUGCAGAUUAUAUUGAAAGUUCUCUUACACUUGCAAGUUCGUUGUAUCACCAGGCGUUGGGCAUUCCGACAGGUUCCCAUGGUGCUUUCCGUGAUUUCCAAGUUGAUGCAAUUACUUUGGAGAUUUCACCCAAAAUUUCUUCUAAUAAGAAAGCCAAGCACAAUGAGUUUGUUCUGCGAGGUGGAAGAUUGAUAGAAGGAGUUAUAAGAUCAGUAAAUAAUCUCCUUGAGAAGUUUCACCAGUCAUUUUUCUUAUACCUUUUAACAGCUCCUGGUAAGUUUGUGUCAGUUGGAGUUUACAUGAUCGCUUUUGCCCUCCUUGUAGCUCCACUUCCCCUGGUUGCCGCUUCCAUUUAUGCCAAUGCUAAUCAACUGGAUCUUGGGUUGGAAGAUGGCAAAUCAACUCUUGAAUCCUCUGAAUCAAAUGAGAAGGACGCGACUGAAUUAAUUGAGGAAGAGAUUUCUGAUAUAAAUGAGAAAGGCGCUACUAAAUCAAAUAAAGAAGAGAUUACUGAAGGGAAUGAGAAAGAUAUAGCUGAAUCGAAUGAGAAAGACAACAUUGAAUCAAAUGAAAAGGAUGAUACUAAACCAAUAGACAUUACUUUCAGGACAUGGAAAUGGCUGCAUGCAGCAAAAGAAGUGUUUGUCAUUCAUAUAUGGGGUGCAAUAAUUUCUUUGCUGCCAUAUUUCAUUUGUCAAAUGCCUGAUUGGAGCCCAACAUUCAGUUUUAUUUCCUGGGUAUCACUUUCAAUCAUCAGCCUUCUAAUCUUGUACCUUAUCUUGGGAUCACCAUUUUCUCAUGCCUAUGUAUCUGAAUGUCAGAUAGGCGAAUGGGGCAAUCUAAAAUCAGUGACCAUAUCAACCGUUUUCAUUGGUUUGUUGCUUAUGUCGAUUGUUAAUUUUGCUACAGCAGAAUUUGGGGCAUUACUGAUAGUACCAACAUGUUUGUUGGCUCAUCCAUUUAAGCUUGACAUUGGAACUAAAAGUUUGGGGAGUUUCCUGAGGAUUGUUUGUAAUUUGAUUUUAGGAUUCAUUUCAUUUCCGCCAGUUGCAUUUUUUGUAUCAAAAGGUAUGUUUGAAGGUCUUGAAAGCAUUAACAUUGGUGACUUCUGGAACUGGAUGGAGUCUCUUUCGGCUUGGAACAGCGCUACUUACAUCUACAUAGGUAUGGUCCAUCUGCCAUGUUGGGUGUUAUGCAUACACAUUUUACUUCAUUCUUGUUGACACGCUUCUCGUUUUUGUUGGUAGUGUUAUUAAAUGAGCUAAACAUGCAAAUCUUUUUAUUUGAUUUUCUCAAGAAUUGCUCACCAGAAACUGAUUUGCUAGGA